GAAUCGAGCUUCUUUGCCGGUCAGCUCGGGAGGCGGAUCUGGGAUCAGGACCUGGUGUUCUUCAGCGACGACACUGUGGCUGAGGGCCUGCAGCCGUCGGCGCUGAAUGGCGGGAAUAUCGUCGACAUCUUUCAGCGCCGAGAGGAGGACUACGAGGCACCAGUGACCUUGGAGGUUGCGUACACCUCGGAGAGCGGCGAGAAGGUCCAGGAAAUCAUUUUCGUUGAUGCCAGCGUGCAGCCGGGAAUGGGUGGCCCACGUAUCUUGGUGCCUGCAAGUCGGGUGAACACCAUGAACCGGGCCAUCUCGGUGUUGACGCGUAAGGUGGACAACCUCACCACGACUCUUCGCCUAUGCAGGGCCGACUACUACAAGGAGCUCUUUUCCUUGCGCUAUGGUCGAGAGCCCGAGGAGGAGCACGAGAAGUACUGGUUUAUGCCCCAGGCUUAUCAAGACACCGUGUCCAUCCAAGAGCUUCGGAGGCGCUUUGGCACCGAGCAGGAGGAGCUACGGAAGAAAGAUCGGGAGAUCCGGGAGCUGAGGGCAAAGCUUCAUCAGAUCGACAAUAUGGUCGAGGAUCGGAUGGAGCAGCUUGUCCA